AUGGAACGGCAGUAUGCUGAACAAAAAGCUAAAUUUGAAAAGUGGAAACUUGAUAAUAGUCGACAAGUUGGCACUGAAUCUUAUAAUAAAUACGUGCAGCAGUUUUUGCAGUGGGAAAAAGAAGUAUUUGAGAAAAAGGCUAGGGUAGCUGCGCUUGUGCAAUCUGAGGCCGCUAAUGCUAUAGCUGGACCUGCAAAUGUCGAUUCUAUUUUAGGACAACUUCUCGAUGAUGUAAUGCCAAUGGAAUUUUUGAUGGCCUUAGUAACUGUUCACAUGAAGGACAAUACAUUCUUACCAUGCGUCAUCGAGAACUUCAGAAAAGCACAGAGUUAG